UUCCCUGCCGGAAGGGGGCGCGCCCGCCAGCCCACUCCUUCCUGCGUAGGGUCGCCCGCCUGGUCCCUUUUGUUGCCUCCGGAGCUCAGCAUCAAGGGGGGCCGAGGAGGAGGAGGAGGAGGAGGAGGCGAAAGGAAGGAAGGUAGGAAGGGCCGGGGCAUUGCCUUCCUUUCCCUUCUGCGCGCCCGCCAUGGAGAUGAAGAAGCGCCUCACGCUGGAGCUCCGGAACAAGAAGCCCGCCGAGGUGAAGGAGCUGGUCCUGGACAACUGCCGCUCGGACGACGGCAAGAUUGUGGGCCUCUCCCCGGACUUCGAGAACCUGGAGUUCCUCAGCAUGAUCAACGUCAACCUCCUCUCUGUCGCAAAUCUCCCCAAACUCAGCAAGCUCCGGAAGUUGGAGCUGAGCGACAACCUCAUCUCUGGUGGUCUGGAGGUCCUGGUGGAGAAGACCCCCAACUUGACGCACCUAAAUCUGAGUGGCAACAAAAUCAAGGACAUCAACACCCUGGAGCCCCUGAAAAAGCUGCCCCACUUGCGGAGCCUGGACCUGUUCAACUGCGAAGUGACAACGCUGCUGAGCUACCGGGAGAGUAUCUUUGCCCUCCUCCCGCAACUAUCCUUCCUGGAUGGCUUCGACACCCAUGACAAGGAGGCCCCCGACUCCGACCCCGAGGCUGAUGGCCUGGAUGACGACUUCGAGGAGGAGAAUGGAGAGGAAGAGGAAGAGGAGGAUGAAGAAGAGCUGGAUGAGGACAUUGUGGAUGAAGAGGAGGAUGAAGAGGAGGAAGAAGAUGGUGUCGAUGAUGAGGACGAAGAGGAGGAUGAAGAGGAGGAGGAGGAGGAGGAGGAGGAAGGCGAAGAAGACCUUCCUCAAGGCGAGAAGCGGAAACGGGAAAUGGAAGACGAAGGGGAGGAAGAUGAGGAAGAGGAUGAGGAAGAGGACGAGGACGACGACUGAGCCCACCACCACUACCACCACCAUAAUCAUUCAUCAUCUUGUCUUAUGGACUGGGACCCUUUCCUGUGGUUGCCCUGCCCCUUUCUUAGACCCCGAGGAGGGGGCCACCCUUACAGUAUAUUUUUUUAAGAAUUCAGGUUUCGGAGCCCCCCCCCCCCCAAAAAAAUGUAUUUUCUCACUUUUCGAGACCUAACUUGUUGGGGACGAUGGGUAUCGGAGUCGGGAUUGGAUGGGAUUAGGAGUCCCGUCCUCAUCCUCAGCCUGCCUUCCCUUCCAACAAUUCUCUCACUUUGUUGGUUUUUUUUUCAUCGUGGUCUCAGACAUGAAUGGGUUUUGUGAUAUAUAUAUAUAUAUAUCUUCUUUUUUGUUCCUUGGUCAAGAAAUUUGAAUAAAACUUUUGAUAAAAGACUCCCUAAGGGGGAGCAACCACAAA